CCACGUUUGUUACAUGGUUGUUACGCCACUGUCCAAAGCCAAGCAGAGCACAUAGCCUAGCAAUAGCAUAGAUAGAUUUACACAGAGGGAUGGGCAAGGCAGUAACUAAAAGCUUGGCUUUCGUUUUUUUUUAAAGUCAGAAAGUAUAUUCAUCUGACCUAGGCCGAGAUCUAGAUCUACAUGUUGGUUAGCACGCGCAACUGUGAAUUAAUGUUGAGCUGUUGCUGCUGUUCGAAAGCAAACCAAGGCUGCUUCCAUCACCAGCAUGAAAGUUGUCAUUCUUGGAGCUACAGGACCCACUGGUAUAGAGCUGACACAUGAGGCUUUACGACGAGGCUAUGAGGUGACACUUCUUGUCAGAAAUCCGGAAAAAGUGACAAUUUUAAAUGAAAAGCUGAAGGUGGUCCAUGCAGACCUCGAGAAGAGUGAUGAACUAGUGGACCACUUGAAAGGCUGUGAUGUUGUUGUCUCAGCACUGGGUGGUAAAGCCGGCAUCAUGACGCCAUGUGAUGUCUACUCCAAGUGUGGUCAAGCUGUGGUCAAAGCCAUGAGGGAGGCUGGCCUGAAAAGGUUGAUUGCUGUCACUGCUUGGGGGACUAAAGAUGAUCCUGGUCUUCCCUUCAUCUGGCGUUGGGUGCUCAAGCCCUCCUUCCUGCGCAACAUAGUUAAAGACAUGGAGGUGUUUGAGGAGUUCCUGCUCACAGAUUGCAGUGACAUUAACUACACAGUUGUUCGACCCCCUCGGCUUACCACUGACCCUUCUGAUGGUGAAAAAGUGCUAGUGAAUGAAGGUUUGUAUGUGCCUGACAUCACCAACAACAGCAUCACACGACAAGACCUGGCCAAAUUUAUGCUGGAUGCUAUUGGCAACCAGGAGUACUACAAAAAAAUGGUGGCAGUAGCUGGAGGAGCCACUACUGAAAAAAAAUGACCUUAGCACUACAGAAACAUUCACAUGUCUACAAUAAUUCAAUGAAAUCUUUGAAAAAAUAAUUGAUGGUAUUUUCCAUUUUAUGGGUUUUUAUAUCAUUGGUUUUUCAAAAGAGUGAGUGUUUAUUAUCAAUGUUUCAUUCAAACAUAAUUGAUGAAUUUAGUAGGGAUUGUUGAGCAAAUAUCAAGGAUGGAAGUUCAGUUCAUUUACAUAUUAAAAAAUUGUGUUUAGUGUGUAUGUGGUUUGUGAGUGGAGUGUAAUAUUGAUUACCCUUUUUUGACUUUGUAAAUUAUGUGAAAAUACACUGCUUUCAUUAACAUAUAAAAACUAUAACUAUUUAACUAACUAAAAUGCUGCAAGUAAGAAAAAAGUCACAAUUCAAUAAUUGUGACAAACCAGCUUAAAUGGACAAAUUUUUGUUCAAAAUGUUCAUACAUGUAUAGAUCCCAAAUGGAUUUCAUAUUUCUAAUGAGCAGAUCUUAAUCUUUCUAUGACAUUUUCCUUUAGAAAUAUCAAAAGUGUAUGUUUUGCUGGAUAAAAUUCC